AUGGCCCUCCACCAGGAUUGGCAUGGCCAUACCAGGAAAACCCCUCUCAUAGCACAGAUAACUGGAGUACCGGAGAAUGGAGGGAUCCAAGUUGGACAGAGUGGAGGAGCCCUUCCCAUCCAAGAGCAUGAGGCUCCAGUCUGGCCAGAAGUUCUUGCAACAGUUCGGGCCCAACAGAAUCAGCCAGAACCUACACCUAUCCCACAACCUAUGGCCCCACGUGAUCAGCCCCUGGCACUUCUGCCUGAGGCACCAGUUGUCCUACUAAAGAUAUCCUGGACAAGCCCAGAAGAAUGGAUACUAAUCCAGACAAUGGUUUUCAAGGCAAUGGGGAAAUUCACCCUUCCAUCACAUGAGCAAACUUAA